AUGUCCCAAGAGCACACAGAGUACAUUCAGAGCAAGGUGAAUCCCAUCCUCGAGAACUUGGUGACCGAGGUCCUUCUGGAGCGUCCCGACAACCCAGUGCCUUUUAUGGUCCGCUGGCUCGCCGAGCGAUCCAAGACAGGCAAGGAAUCUCUCUACUCCUUGGGUGUGGGCGAGGCUGAGAAGCUCCGCAAUGAGAUCAAGGAGCUGCAGGACGAGAUCAAGGUCCUGUCAGACAAGGUGGGAGAAGCGAAGGCCAAGGGUGCUGAAACCACGCCUGAGGCGCCUGAGGCCGCUGUCUCGGGCGAAGCCACCGAGAAACCACCCCCGGCGCAGGAGGCCGAGGCUGCAGAGGAGGCCGAGGCUGAAGAAGCCCAGGAGGAGAAGGAAGAGAAAGAGGAGAAGGAAGAGGAGGACAGCGAUGAAGACGAGGACGACUUUGGAGAUGAAGACGAUGAUUGGAAGCCACCAACCGCCUAUAUGAAGAAGGGACAGCGAGGCUCGGUCUCCGCAGAGGCCUACGGCGCCUUCAACGAGAAGAAGGCCUUUGAGCCACCGGUCUAUGAGAAGAGCACAGAGCAGGAGUCCCGCAUCAAAGAUGUCCUGUCCAAGAGCUUCUUGUUCAAUGCCCUCAGCAAAGACGACUUGAAGGUGAUUCUGGAUGCCUUCUUAGAGAAGAAGAUCCCCGCCGGUGAACGCAUCAUCCAGGAGGGUGACGACGGUGAUGUGAUGUUCCUCAUUGAGUCUGGUGCCUUUGAUUGCAUCAAGAAGAUUGACGGUUCGGACAAGGUGGUGAAAAAGUGUGGACAAGGCGAUGUCUUUGGCGAGUUGGCGCUGCUGUACAACUGCCCACGCGCCGCCUCAGUCGAGGCCACGGAGGAAGCCGUGGUGUGGCAGCUGGACCGUGAGACCUUCUCGCACAUCGUACGCGACGCGAGCGCCAAGCGCCGCGAAGCCUUUCAAGACUUCCUGAAGACUGUGCCUUUGUUCAAGACUUUGGAGAGCUAUGACUUGAUGCAAUUGGCCGAUUGCUUGCAGCAGGAGGGCCUGGAAGCUGGACAGAAGAUUAUCAACCAGGGCGACCCAGGAGACACCUUCUACAUUGUGGAGGAGGGCGAACUCGUGGCCACCAAGAAGCGUGCGGAUGGCAGCAACGAGGAGGUCUUGGACUACAAGCGCGGGGACUUCUUUGGCGAGCUGGCGCUCAUCAAGAACGAGCCCCGUGCCGCCACGGUGGAGGCCAAGACCGCGUCCAAGAUUUGCAGCUUGACGUUGGUGGAGGUGAAUGGUGCACUCGGGUGGAUUGAUUUGCUCUUCAAAAACCAUUUGCAGGUGGCCAAAGCCGCGCGGAGACACCAAGAAGCCGGCGAGCACAAGGUUGCAUACAUGCUGCUGACUCGUGGGCUUCGCCUUUUAGGCGCCUUCGAUAAGUCGUCCGACGGGGCUUCCAGCCCGGAGUCCAACAGCUUGCUGGAGCUCCGGCGGCGGCGUGCCAGCAUUUUGCUAAAGAAGGGCUUCAACAAGGCCUGCGUGGAGGAGUGUUCCUUGUUGGGUGCACCAGCCAGUGGCGGGCUGAGAGCACAAGCCUAUGCCCAGAUGGGAGACUGGAAAGCGGCGAAAAAGGCUAUGGAGGAGCCCAGGGUGCUACAGUGGACCUGUGAGCACGUGGGCAUGACCUUUCCAAUGCUCGUGGACUUGGGUGCAAGGCAAAGCUCCGGUGAGAUCGAUGUUCUGAACCUGAUGGGUGGUGCCAGCAUCAUGCAACACGUGGUGGUACCUGAGGACAUGGGUCCACUGAGGUUCGAGUCCUCGAAGCUGGAGCGGAAAGAGCUUCCUGGACGCGGCCUCGGGGUCGUGGCGAAGGCCGACAUUGCCCUCGGCGAGCUGCUCAUCGCCGCGCGGCCCAUCGAGCUGAUCCGCCCGGGCGAUCCCGACUGGCAAUACCAAGCAGAUAUGGCCUACUUGGAGGAGGUGCUGACGCGCCGGCUGUUGCACCGGUGCAUGGACUGCGAUGCUUCAUGCAUUGAGGAAGUCUUUAGCCUUUUCGAUGGUCAGGGCCACGGCGCCCGCUGGGCGCCGCACGCCUGGCGCAGCGACGACUUCGCGCUGCCCAUGCCGCAGGGCGCCGCCUCGGCGGAGCUCUACGCUCGGCUGCGAGGUGUGGUGAAGCACAACGCCCACCGUUGGCCGGGAAAGCAUCCCAGCUCCAGCCUGCCAGCGCCCGGUCUUGGCUUGUGGCUUUGGCCUCCGAUGAUCAACCACGCCUUGGAGUCCGAUGGAAGGCCCAACUGCGCUCAUGUCUUCGUGGGAGAUGUGAUGCUCUUUCGGGCGACAGCUCCAAUUCGAGCAGGAGAAGAAGUCUUGGACCGCUACAGCACUCCUUUGGCCGAUCACUUCGAGUUCACCCUACAUACCUUGGCGGCGCAUGGCAUGAGGGAUCCCGUCUAUGAGGCGACCGCUGCCUCAUGGCAGGCCUUGCAGGAAGGUUUUCAUGGUGCUCCCCCACCACAGCUGCCAGCCGAGAAGAAGCCGCUAGCGGAGCGGCAGAGCAUGACAGAUGAUGAUCAUACC